AUGUGGCUGACGCGGAUUCUAUCCAAGGCAUUCUUUUUGUGGACUGAAACGUUCGAAGAGCUUGACUUGACUUGGGUAUUUCAGUAUUAUAUCUUUGCUGCAACACACAACCACUGCCAAGAUAAAAAAUUCACGAAACAAGUCGUUCAGUUCAACUUUUGCCAUUUUCUAGUGGUGAUCAGAGCAGCUGCAGGGUUCAAGCCCAUGGGUUCCAGGGCAGCGCGUGAAGCCUCCUCAAUACAAUGGAAAUACCACAUAUUCUUGAGCUUCAGAGGUGAAGACACGCGCAAUGGCUUCACGUCCCACCUUCACAAGGCAUUAAAAAGCAGGGGAUAUGAUGUUUUUAUGGACGAGGACGAUCUACAAGUAGGGCAAGUUAUAAAACCAGAACUGUUGCAGGCAAUCGAAAAGUCCAAGAUCUCUGUAAUUGUCUUCUCAACGAGGUAUGCAGAUUCCAGUUGGUGUCUUGAUGAGCUGGUGAAGAUCAUGGAGUGUAGAAGAACACUGAAUCAAAUCGUUUUGCCAAUAUUCUACAAUGUGGAUCCUUCAGACGUCAGGCAUCAGACUGGUACUUUGGCAUCUGAUUUUCAGAAACAUACCAAGCAACAUAAAGAUGAGGUGAUAAAGGAGUGGAGAAAGGCUCUUACUGAAGCUGCGAAUUUGUGUGGCGAGGAUCUCAAAGACAGGAAUGAAGCAAAGUUUAUCGAGGCAUUCAUUGAGAAUAAUAUUGUCGGACGGCUGUCCACAACUCCCCUACCAGUAGCCGCUUACCCGGUUGGAGUCGACUCUCGUGCACAUGAUAUGAUCAGUUAUAUUUUAGGUGGUGGAUCACAAGAUGUUGUCGUGAUUGGAAUUUGGGGGAUGGCCGGACUGGGCAAAACAACAGCUGCGAAGGCCAUUUAUAAUCGAAUUAAGGAUAAAUUCGAAGCUCAUGGUUUCCUUGGAGACAUUAGGGACACUGCAAAUAGACAUGGUCUUAUUUAUUUGCAAAAACAACUUCUUGCUAAAAUCUACAAGAAACCGACCAUUGACAUAAGUUGUGUUGAUGGAGGGAUGGGUAUGAUAAAAGAAAAACUUGGACGUAAAAGGGUACUUGUAAUUAUCGACGAUGUAGAUAAACAGGAGCAACUCGAAGCGAUAGUUGGAAAUCGUGAUUGGUUUGGCUCUGGAAGUAGAAUUAUAAUAACUACUAGAGAUAAACAUUUUCUAGACGUACUUCGUGUGAAUAAAACUUUCACGGUUCCAGAAAUGAAUCCAGAUGAAGGUCUUGAGCUCUUUUGUUGGCACGCCUUUCAAAAAGGUUGUCCUAAUAAACGAUAUCUUGAACUCUCGAAAAAGGUAGUUUCUUAUAGUGGAGGUUUGCCGCUGGCACUCAAAGUUUUAGGCUCUUUCUUGGUUGGAAGAACCAUAGAAGAGUGGGAAAGCCAAUUGGAGGAAUUGGAAGGAAUCCCUCCAAAAGAUAUUCUAAAACAACUGAGAAUAAGCUAUGACGGUCUAGAUCAUAUCGAGAAGUGUAUAUUCCUUGAUAUAUCUUGUUUCUUCAUUGGAAUGAACAAAGACCAUGUCAAAAAAAUAUUAGAUGGAUGUGGCUAUAAAGCAGAAAUAAAAAUCAGUGUCCUCCUUCAGCGGUGCCUUGUAACUGUUAAUGAAGAGAACCAGCUAACGAUGCAUGAUCUACUUCGAGAAAUGGGCAGAGCAAUCUGUCAAGAAGACCGGAGUAGAUUGUGGCUCAGCCCUGACGAUUUGACAGAUGUAUUGGAAGACAAAUCUGGAACUAAAAAAGUUGAAAGACUUGCUCUAAAUCUGCGAAGCUCGGAAAAGGCUAGUUUCGGUACUGAAGCAUUUAGCAAAAUGAGAAAACUGAAAUUGCUCCAGCUCAACUAUGUAGAGCUCACCGGAGAGUACAAAUUUCUUUCCAAAAAUUUAAGAUGGUUGUGCUGGCAUGGAUUCCUUCUAGAUUCGAUACCAGGUGACUUUGAUCUAACAAGCCUAAUUGCUAUGGACCUGCAGUUUAGCAAACUCAAAGUAGUUUGGAAGGAUUGCAAGUUGCUUAAGAAGUUGACAAUCAUUAAUCUGAGUCAUUCUCAUGAUCUAACAACAUCACCAGACUUUUCAAAAGUCCCAAAUCUCGAGGAGUUGAUAUUGGAAUGUACGAGUUUGUCUGAUGUCCAUGAAUCCAUUGGUGAUCUCAAAAGACUUGCUUUGGUAAAUCUUGAACACUGCAAAAUGCUUAAAGAUCUCCCAUUGAAUUUAUAUAGAUCCAAGUCUAUUGAAACUCUUCUACUUAAUGGUUGUUCAAGAUUUGAAAACUUGGCUGAGGGUUUAGGGGACAUGGUAUCAUUGAGAACUCUGGAAGCAGACGAUACAGCUGUAACAAAAAUACCAUCUUCCAUAGUAAAAUUGAAGAACCUGAGAUCUUUAUCUCUAUGUGGUUUGGAACGACUGCCAAGCCUACGUGGUCUUUCAAAGCUGGAAUAUUUGUGUUUAAAUGACUGCAGAAAACUUCGUGCAAUCCCAGAAUUACCGACAAAUCUGAAAGUUCUGAGAGGGUUUGGCUGCACAGCAUUGGAAACAAUGCCAGAUUUUUCAGAAAUGUCAAGUAUAAGAGAAGUGUAUUUAUCUGAUUCGUGCAAACUCACUGAGAUUCCUGGCCUGGAUAAGUCAUUAAACUCCGUGACAAGGAUUCAUAUGGAAGGCUGCACCAAUCUCACCACCAAUUUCAGAAAGAAAAUCCUACAGGGAUGGACUUCUUGCGGAUUUGGAGGCAUUUAUCUUGAAGGGAUUUUUGGUAUUCCUAAGUGGUUCAAGUUGGUCGGUAAUGAGUACAAUGAAGUGGAUUUUGAAGUGCCCCAAAAUUUCGGUUGUGAUUUAAAAGGGUUAACGUUGUGUUGUGUUUACUCUUCAGACAACCCAAAACCAAAAGAUGGUCUUGGCAUUAUGGUUAGAAAUGUAACGCAGGGAACUACUUUGCACACCUGGCCAGCAAUUGCCUCGGUAAAAACAGACAGUAAACCUGAAGAUUAUUAUCUUUGGCAGGGACAACUAUCGAACAAUAGGCUCAGUUUGCAAGGUGGGGAUAAAGUCUUGCUUUCUGUAUUUGCUACAGUUGAUUUUGUGAAAGUGAAGAAAGCAGGGUUCAAUCUAGAAUGGGACAAAGUUAUGAAGGAAAAUAUGCAUGAUUCGGAUCCUCAUCUAUAUGAUUUGGACCCAAAUCCUGAUUGGUUGUCGAGAACUCCAGAUGAGGCAGGACCAAUCCAAGGCGAACCAUUAAGAGAAUCAGUUCUUGCAAGCUGCAAUUUAACUGAUACUGCAAUCUACAACGAUUAUGCGGCAGGACGAAAUCUCAAGAGGUUGAUGUUGAAAGGUUGUAAGAAUAUGUCUGAGGUUUACUCAGUUGGAAUUACUUCUUGGGUGCGGGAUUUGAGUGAUCAGUUAGAUCUUGAAUUAUCUGAAAAAGUUGAAAAAGCAGGUUCUACAGAUGUUCGCAUGAUUGGUAUCCUGGGGAUGGGCAGCGUUGGAAAAACAAUGCUUGCCAAAACCAUUUAUAACAAAUUUGAACGUAUCUUUGAAGGUAGGAGUUUCCUUGCAAACGUGAGGGAAGUAAUUGCACACCAACCCAUUACUGGUCUGGUUGGUUUGCUAGAACAACUUCUAAAUGAUAUCUUGAAAAGCAAGGACCCCAUAAAGGUUGAUUCUGUUGAGGUGGGGAUCGAUAUGAUAAGAGCAAGAAUUUCCUGUAAAAGAGCACUUGUCAUAAUUGACGAUGCAGAUGAUCUACAGCAACUAAAAGUAAUAGCUGAAGCUCGUGAUUGUUUUGGUCCUGGAAGUAGAAUUGUUAUAACAACAAGAAAUAAACAUUUGCUAGAGCAAGUUGGAGUGGAUAGCAUAUAUAUGGCUGAAGAAAUGGAUGAAAAAGAAGCUCUAGAGCUUUGGCAUGCCUUCGAAAGUUGUUAUCCUAAUCAAGAAUAUCUUGACCUCUCAAAACGUGUAAUUCGUUACUGUCAAGGUUUGCCACUAGCACUUGAAGUUUUAGGGUCUUUUCUGAAGGAAAGAACCACAUCAGAGUGGGAAAGCCAUCCUGAUGGAGAUAUUCAAAAAGUACUCAGAAUAAACUUUUACAGCCUACCUGAUGAUACAACAAGAGACAUAUUCCUUGAUAUAUCUUGUUUCUUUAUAGGAAUGGACAAGGAAUAUGUAACACAAAUAUUAGAUGGAUGUGGCUUUUAUGCAACGAUAGGAAUCAGUGUCCUCAUCGAACGGUGCCUUGUAACUGUUAGCAAGCAAAACAAGCUGAUAAUGCAUGAUUUGCUUCGAGACAUGGGAAGAGAGAUCGGAACUGAAAAAAUUGAAGGUGUUGCUCUAGAUUGCUAUUACAAAACUUUCAGUGCACAAGCAUUUACCAACAUGAAAAAACUGAGGUUACUCCACAUCAGCGGAGUAGAGCUCACUGGAGAGUGCAAAGAUUUUCCCAAAAAGUUAAUAUGGUUGUGCUGGCAUAGAUUCCCUUUAGAGUCCAUACCAGAUGACUUUCCUAUGCAACCAAAACUAGUUGCUUUAGACCUGCAAUUUAGCGAACUCAAAAUAGUUUGGAAGGAUUGCAAGUUGCAUCAGAAUUUGAAAAUCCUUAAUCUCAGCCAUUCCCGUAGGCUAACAAAAUCACCAGACUUUUCAAAACUCCCAAAUCUCGAGGAAUUGAUAUUGCAAUACUGUGUGAGUUUGUCUGAGGUUCACUCGUCCAUCGGGGAUCUUGGAAGACUUUCUUUGUUGGCUGAGGGCUUAGGGGACAUGGUAUCAUUGACAACUCUGGAAGCGGAUGAGACAGCCGUACCAUCUUCCAUAUUCAAAUUGAAGAAACUGAAAGUUUAUCAUUAUGAUCUCGGUAGCCUAAUUUCCUUAGAAAAUUUAGAUCUUGCAGGAAAUGAUUUUUGCCGCCUACCAAGCCUCAGUCGUCUUUCAAAGCUUCAUGAUUUGUCUUUAAAUAAGUGCAAAAAUCUUCGUGCAAUCCCAGAUUUACCAACAAAUUUGAAAGUCUUAAAAGCAGAUGGCUGCAUUGCAUUGGAAAAAAUGCCAGAUUUUUCAGAAAUGUCAAAUAUAAGAGAAUUGCAUCUAAGUGAUUCGGGCAAACUCACUGAGAUUCCAGGCCUGGAUAAGUCAUUAAACUCCAUGACAUGGAUUCAUAUGGAGGACUGCACUAAUCUCACUGCCGAUUUUAGGAACAACAUCCUACAGGGAUGGACUUCUUGCGGAUAUGGUGGCAUUUCUAUCAGUGGAAAUGAUAUUCCUGAUUGGUUUGACUGUGUCCAUGACGAUGAUAUUGUGUAUUCCACUGUGCCUCAAAGUGGUGGUCGUAAUCUGAAAGGGUUAACUUUGUCCUCCGUUUACUCUCUAGACUCGUUCAACAGUAGUCACAUGAGGAUUAGCAUUAAAAACAUGACCGAGGGUACUGAGCUUGACGUCAGGAUCACACCCCUUUCCAGUUGUCGAACUGAGGGUUAUUAUCUUUGGCAGGGACAGUUAUCAAAUGACGAGCUCAAAUUGCAAGACGGUGAUAAAGUCUUGAUUGAAAUAAUACCCGAAAAGGGUUAUCGGGGGAAGGUGAAGAAAACAGGUGUUAGUCUGGUAUGGGACAAAUUAUGA